UAAUCGGUGCUAAAAUGAAUCUGAAAUCUCAGUGCCGGUCAUCGUCGUCAUUCGCAACAGUACUCACUGCUUUCCUUGACAAUUAGGGGUCGUUUUCCAUGGCGUUCUAUACAUCUCAUUUCUUCGUAAUUUUUGUUGGUCAUUAUUCCUUGUCUUGUCCAGCCUAGUACCGAAACGCCACCAUAAAUCUCAAAGUAAUUAGAGUAUCUGAAGUCACAUCCUUAUAAUCGGAUAGAAUAAGAGGAUACUUCGGAAAAACCCCUCCAAUAGAAAUGAAUAAGGUAAAGAGUGGAAGUUUGGGCAGCUCCGAUGAUCUUGAGAUCCCACCUCUUCGAGGACUCGAUGACUUCCUGAUGGAGUCAGCUAGAUUUCAAAUACCGAACUUCAAGGAUCUAGAUAAAUGGGGUAAUAGGGUGGUCAACAAUCUAUUUUAUUAUCAGACAAACUACUUUUUCAUGUCAGUCAUUAUCUUCCUGAUAGUUGGGCUGAUUCACCCAGUGAAAAUGUUCGUCGGUGCUCUCUCGAUGUGUGUUGCCCUUGGACUAUUUGCUUACAUUUCAUCUGAGGGACGUGCGAUUCACCGUAUCAAGAAAGACUACCCCGCUCAAGGAAUCGGUCUUGUUCUUUUGGCUGCUGGGUUUUUAGCCUACACUGUUGGCUCUCUUCUGGUAUUUUUAAUGGGAAUUCUGCUACCUUUUUCGGUGACGUUUAUCCAUGCCUCGAUGAGACUCCGCAGUAUGAAGAAUAAAAUAGUAAACAAGAUGGAAGGACUUGGACUAAAACGCACACCGAUGGGCGUUCUUCUCGAGCAGCUCGGUUAUCUAGCGUCCGGAAUACCGGGACUGAGGAUGAAGAACGAUGCGAAUGAAUUCGUUGCUGAAGGUACGAGACCAUUUUUAGCGAAAAACCGUAGUGGAUAUACCCGUCUUUUUGACAGCUGACCCGACCAUAUACGGUACUAAAUACUUCCGGCUUCCAGGAAUCGUGUCGACAAAAAUUAUCAGUUGAUUCGCGUAAAAAUGGACAGAAAAGUUUCCGGUACCUCCUGUAGACUUAAUCCCACGUGAUUCAAUUUCAAUAAAAAAAAGGUAUUUUUUGA